AUGGCACAGUUGAUAACUGUGCGACUGAACAAGUCGGACCAGCAGCCGCUGGGCUUCCGGCUGCAGGGCGGAAAGGACUUUGGUACACCACUCGUUGUACAAAAGGUCAACGGCGGUAGUGCAGCAGAGCGCGCGGGCUUGCAGGCGGGAGACGCGCUCAUUCGCGUGAACAGCACCGACGUAUACACACUGAGGCAUCAGGAAGCGCAGGACACAAUUCGCGCCGCCGGACCAGCUCUCGAACUUACUGUGCAACGUGGCGGUGGUACUUGGAGGCCAUCUGUCACACCCACCGGCAGCCUGCCGCGCCCGGGCUCCCGGCCGCUCGGCUCUAACCCAUUGCCGGUAACUAAUACGUCGCUCAAGGCGACACCUCAACCCGCACGCGCUUUCGGCUCUGGACACAACAGUGUUGCGAAACCAUUUGGUUAUAUGAAUGGCAACGACUCCGUAAAGAGUAUUGUAAAUAAACAAUAUAACACACCAGUUAAUAUGUACAGUGACAAGAACAUCGCGGAGACACUCUCGGCACAAACUGAGGUUCUUGCUGGAGGUGUGCUUGGAGUAAAUUUCAAGAAAAACGAAAAAACCUACGACGCAGAAAAGAGUGCCGUAUUCAAAGUUCUUCAGGAGGAACAAAACGAUCCAGAACCAGUAUCGGAAGUAUCGACGGGUGCGACGACGCCGGUGAGCGGGCUGCGCCACGUGGCGGCGCCCGUGACGCGCCCCGACGCGCCCAUCAACAACACGGGAGGCCUCCCGCCCGGGCAGAACAUUUGCGAGGAGUGCGAACGACUCAUUACCGGCGUGUUCGUGCGCAUCAAGGACAAAAACCUGCACGUGGAGUGCUUCAAGUGCGCGACCUGCGGCUCGGCGCUGAAGAACCAGGGCUACUACAACCUAAACGGCAAGCUGUACUGCGACAUCCACGCCAAGCUCGUGGCGCGCCAGAACCCGCCCGCUGCCAAUCUUGAACCCGUUACCGUCCCACCCGGUGGCAGAAUUCCUACAAACGCUUACUCGACACCUUUGCCACCUCUUUCAACAAACAACUACACAAACGGGUCUUCAUCCAUGUUCAGCCCAUCUAGCAACUUGUCUGGCCCGAAGCCGUUCGGCUCGUCUAUCGGCUCGGCGUAUUCCCCUGCGUCACUGUCGCCGCGCUCGGCACCUCUGUCGCCCGCGCGCCCACUCGCCGCGCCCGCGCCCGCCCCCGCCCCCGCGCAACACUUCGCACCCAAACCGUGUCCGAAGUUAAAGUUUGCUCAAAACGUUAAAAGCAUUGUGUGGCCCCCUCCAAAUCCCCCAGAAGAUGAAUCUCAAACAGAACUAAACCCAAAUACUUUCCAAAAUAUACAUUACAGCAAUUCAGCUCCCGUGGCUCACGAACCAAUAAUGAUAUCAACAACGACCGAUCUUAAUCCCACAAACAUGAUGAAAUCUACUACUGGAAACCUACUGUCAUCUCAAUCAACAGGAUUUUCUUCUAAUAUUGCAAUAACUACAUCUCAGGCAACAUCGAUAACAGAAUCUUUAGUACAAAGUCAAAAAUCUCAGACGGUACAGGAGAUGUCCAGUUGCUCCGUUCAGUCAUUUUCUCAGCAAGCGUCUUCUGAAAGUCAAAGUUUCACAAUGUUUCAAACUCACAAAGCCUCUGACCAAAUGGAUUCACAGAUGAAUAAAAAAGUUUCAGAAAAAAUGUUUAAUGCGCAUGAUAAGCAAUCAUUUUGUGCGCAAAGUGAGUAUGGCAAAGAAAUGAAAGAGAUAAAUGUGAAAAUGCAGGAAACGCAAUUAACGAAUCCUGCCGUAAAACCGUACAACAAUCCACAAAACCAAGCCAUAUCAUUCUCUAAUAAAACAGAAAAUAUGGUGAAAGAUACAUCUUUAAAAACAUCUGCUUUUAAGCAAAAAUCUAAUCCUGCAAUGAAACCAUAUGUACCCCAAAGCAAAUUUGAGAGCGUGUCACCUGCACCUGUUCCUUCUAAAAUGGCUUCUGAAACUAAACUAUCUUCUGAUAAAAAACCUAAGAAGACGUCCAAUCUACCAGUUAGUUCCUCAAAAACUCCGCAAGCCUCGAACAGGUUGUCCAUGUUAGAAGCCCUUACGAUAGCUCCAGAUAGACCUUACAGCCCUUUAUCCUUUAACAUACCCAAUCCGCAAUAUUUGUCAUCUGCGGUAAAUCCUACCUACCAAGAAAGCAGUAAUACUUAUGUUCCUCUUGUAACACAAACUGAUAAUGAUCCAAUUACAAAUCAGUCAGAAAAAAGUUAUUUGGAACAAAAUAGUUUAACUUCACAAAAUACUAGUACUUUGCAAACGAGCUCUACUCCAUCUGCAUUUAAGCCGGUUAGAAAACAAGUUUUCCCACCCCCACAACCUCAAGAGUUUUCGGUAGUUAGUGAAAUAUCAACUCAAAAAGAAUCAAAAUUGUCUGAAAAUAUAACAUCAAGCUCACAUUAUAGCUUUUCACCAGUUAAAUCGUUCCAGAAUCCAGAUGCACAAUCAAACAAAGAAUCAUCGUUAAAAACUGAAUUGCAUAGACCAGAAAGUAUUCCACCUUAUCAACAAAAUUUAGAAUAUUUGGAUCUACAGCGAGGUCAAUCGCCCGAAUUGUGUAUUACACAGAAUACACAAACAUCUAAUCUAACACAUAAUCAACACGAAAUAGAGAGAAAAAUAGAAUGUCGUUCAAAUACCCCAAAAGCAAAUCAACAAGGUUAUCAAGGAAUAAGUCCUGGAGAGCAGAUGUCAACCAAAUUAAAAAGCAAAGAUACUCCAGUUUCGUUUCAACCUGUGUUAGAUGAAGGCAUGUCGAGAAAUUCACCUGUUCUUAGCCGCCCUACGACUCCCAGUUUGAUAAAUAAACCCGCACCCAUAAUACCUCGUUACCAAAUGAAUUUAGUUACCGUUGAGCACUCCGCCCCAGAAGGUCGUAUGUAUAAACCACACGGGGCUGAUACUAAUCAAUCGUCAUCACCAAAACCAAGACCUCAUUCGCCAGAACCAGGGCCUCCAUCUAGUAAUUUAAAAGCACAUGCUCCUCGAAUUAAAGAAAAUACAUCAUAUGCGUCUCCCCAAAGUCAGUUUUUAAAAAAGGAACAUGAUUUAGGACAUGCGGGUUUUCAAGGAAGUGACGUUACGAAGUGGCUUCAAGAUCAACCAUCACUUACAAAACAGGAAAUGCAAUCGAAUGUAGAAUAUCAUUCUGAAAGUUACAAUAAAGGUGAUAUGAAAAUUAAAGAAGAUUCUAUGAUAAACCAAAAUUAUGGUCAGAGGCAAAUGGAAUCGCAAAAUAUUGCUGAGCAUGGUAAUACAACUAUUCAAACAACAAGAAAAACAUUUGAAGAGUAUGAAAGGGCACAGUCUGCUAAAGUUGUAGAAAUACAUCAUGGCGGUUUACAAUCUUCUGGUGCAUAUCAGCAACUAAAAUCAAAUGUUCAACAACCUAACAAUAACUUAAAACAGGUUUAUCCUCCCCCCAUUAUGGACACAUCAUCCCAACAGAACUUAUCUAUUAAUACUACUAAUGAGAACUUCGCUACCGCUAGUAAACAAACUGAAAUGUAUCAACCGAUUCCUUUUGUAUCUGGUGCUAACAAAGGUCCAGUGUGUGAUCCUACCCCGUCGACAGGUUCUGGUGUAGGAGUUACCGCUCGUGGCAAAGCCUUUGGUGUAUCGUCGGCUCCGAAACGGGGUCGCGGUGUCUUAAACAAAGCUGCUCUCCCCGGGUCUCGAGUACCUCUUUGUGCCUCCUGCAAUGGCAACAUUAGUCAUGAUGGGUUUGCUUAUUUUUGUUGUUUUGUUUUUCUAACAGCUAAUGAAUCAACACAAUCCGUAAGCAGUCAACACAAGACAGAUUUCAAGAGCCCUGCGGAAGAGCGACUUAUAAGAAAAAUGGCAAAAAUGGCACUUAACGGUUAUGAAAUAGGAAUUCAAAGAAAAAUAAAACCAGCAGAUCAUAUCCAAUCUAUGGCUGAUAAAAUUCAGGACACUGUUGUAACCAAACAUCCUCUUAAUACUGACAAUAUACCCUCUGGUGAAAAUAGUCGUGAAAAUACUUUAAAGCGACCUGUCAAUAAAAAUUUUGAUAGAGCAUUAAAAUCUUUAGAAAACAAUAUUCCGAGUUCACCUAGUGCAAACAUUUUUACUGCGAAUGUUUCUCUAAAUUCAAAUAGCCCACAUACACCCGUACCUCCACCUCUUCCUACUACUCCAGUGCCCACAUUUCAAGCUCACAGUACUCCAAUAACAAACAUAUUAAAUAAUAUUGCCACCAAAAAUCUAGAUUUUAUUCCAAAAAGCACCAACUAUAACAGCAACGAUAUUCAGUUAUCAAACAAUGAAAAAACACAUAACGGAGGAUAUACAAGUUGUGAUGAAUCUUAUACUGAUAAAUCAGAACACAAUAAUUAUACUAACAGUUUAAGAAAAAAGACAGGUUACCAAGAUGAGAUAAAAUCUGAAGUUACUAAUUAUUCUAACACAUUGAGUAAGAGAAGACUUUUUGAAAGAUCUGAUGCACUAAAUGAAUCAGCUAAUUCCGAAAACAAUUGUAAAUUUUCGGAUAAAAUUAACAACAGUGUCCUUGGCAAAGACUAUGCAAACAAAAAUAAAGAAUUUGAUAGUACAGACGUUGCUGAAAAUUACAAAAAUAUAAAGCCUCAUCAAGACGAAAUCGUGAAAAAACUAUCAAAUAACUUACACGACAAUACUUUGUAUACUUACAAGGCUGCGAAAACAAACGGCGAUAGUAACAUCGGCAACAAAGAAAAGAGCGAGAAUUUAAUAGAGCAAUCCAACGAAACUCACAAAUUAAUACAAGAUGAAGAUAAAGAAAGUUCAGAAGUCGUAGUAAGACGAAGAGAAAAGAAAAAUAUUCGAAAUGAUGACGGCAGAAGAGACUCACACAUUAUAGCCCGUCCUUUAAGUACGAUGACUUCUGUCGAUGUCUCCGAAGGACAAUAUCCUAUUUGUCAUAAAUGUGACAAAGCGAUAACCAGGGGUCCAUUCAUCACCGCAUUGGGACGUAUCUGGUGUCCGGAACAUUUCAUCUGCGUUAACGCGACCUGCCGACGUCCAUUGCAAGACAUCGGCUUCGUGGAAGAAAAUGGCCAACUGUACUGCGAAUAUUGUUUCGAACAAUACAUCGCCCCCGCUUGCGACAAGUGCCAUGCUAAGAUUAAAGGAGAUUGCUUAAAUGCUAUUGGCAAACAUUUCCACCCAGAAUGCUUCAGUUGUGUAUAUUGCGGAAAACUGUUCGGAAACAACCCGUUCUUCUUAGAAGAUGGACUGCCGUACUGUGAAGCGGAUUGGAACGAGUUGUUCACAACAAAAUGUUUCGCAUGCGGGUUCCCCGUGGAGGCGGGCGACAGGUGGGUCGAGGCGCUCAACAAUAACUACCACAGUCAGUGCUUCAACUGCACGGUGUGCAAAAAGAAUCUCGAGGGACAGAUCUCUAUCUCUCCGUCCACUUAUCCAAAUAGCACGCCUUCUCCGCAAAGAACCAGAAAGUUAGAAACACCCCUCCACUUCGAUGGAGGACUGUUUUCUGAUAUAAGGAGUACAGAUGGCAAGUUACUCAGUAAAGUAACUGUAGAUCGAGUUCACAGCUCCUCUCGCCACGAUAUCAUCGACUCACCACAUUUAUAUGAAGAUACAGAUCUACACGGCAACAAAGAAUAUGUCGAUGAAAUCGUAAAAACUGAAACUAUAACGAAUGAAGAUGUUAUAAAAGUAAAAUUUACGCCCGUACCUCCCGAGCUGGACUCUGUUUAUUUCUGGAAAUCGACACAACUGUCGAGAAAUUUAAGUCCAUUAAACUACAUUAAAGAUGAUUUUGAAGACUUAUAUAGUUACAAAAUUGUCAAUUCUGUUUGUAAAGAAAAUCUUCUGAAAGUCAUUGAUUUCGAAGAUACAGAUAAAAAAAAUGAAAGUGUGGAUAGACCGGUGACUAGAGGACAUAGUCCUUUGGCGAAUUUAAUAAUACCGGAGCAUUUAACAAAGAUAGACAGUUAUUUACAAGAAAGUUUAAAUGUGUUGCAAUCUGAGAAAGAAUGUAGCGUCGCUGAAGAGAUAUUGAAUAAGUAUGAAGUUGAAAAACCAUGCCAAUUACAGAAUAAUCAAGAGGAAGCUCUUGAUAGUUACCAGAAAAUUGAUAAUAUAGUUCCUAAAAGAGAAACUAUAUCCACUUACAGUGACGGAGAGAAUGCUAAUGUGAAAGAUAAAUUAAACAGUGUCAAAACAAAACAUCCGGGAGUAUUAAAAACCGUAUAUAAUUGGCCAAUGCAUUACCAUGCAGCAAUAAUGUGUUUCUUUUUGAUUGUAUAUAACCUCAUUUAUCAAUAUCUUAAGCAAAAUUAUCAUGGUAAGAAAGAAUCUGUAAAU